AUGGCUGCUCCUUUAUAUAUUACUGAUUCAGGAAGACUGUUCCAUGCCGGUCUGAUCUUGAUAGUGACAGUGGGGCUACCGGCAAGAGGUAAAACUCACAUUUCAAGAGCGUUAGAACGUUAUCUAAGAUGGUUGGGUGUUAAGACUAGAGUAUACUCUUUAGGUGAUUAUAGACGAAAAGUCUUAGGAGGAGCAAAGAAUGUCCCACCUGAUUACUUCGCGACGAAAUCCCCGAGAUCUGAAGCUACCAAUGCAUUGAGAAGACGUAUCAAGAAUGAAAUCGAAGAUCAGAUCAUGGACUUUUAUACUGUUCAAGGUGGUCAAGUGGUCAUCUACGAUGCAAAUAACGGUAAUGUCAAAGCUAGAAAGGAAUGUUAUCAAAAAUUCGAAAGUAAAGGUGUACACGUUAUUUUCUUGGAGAGUAUUUGUGAUCAAGAAGAAAUCAUAACCGCAAAUAUCAGAAGUGUCAAACUUUCUUCGCCUGAUUAUGCAGAUUGGGAUGCAGACCGCGCCGUCGCAGACUAUUGGAGUCGAAUUCGUGAUCAGGAACAAGUUUACGAUACAGUUACAGCGGAUGAAGGUCCCUUCAUCAAAGUUAUGAAUGUUGGAGAAAGGAUCGAGGUGAAUAAGAUCGAAGGUUAUCUUCAAACCAGAUGCUGUUUCUUCUUGAUGAAUAUUCACACUAAACCUAGAACAAUCUAUUUUGCAAGGUCCGGCCAAUCACUCAUUGAACACUCUUACAAAGCCGAUUCCGACCUUUCUCCUGCAGGAUGGGAAUACGCCGAACGGAUGAAGGCGGCCGUUGUGUCUCGUAGGAAAGCGGUGAGGGAAGAGAAGAAAGCUAAUGGAGAGCCUAUGAAUGCCGAGAACCCGCUAUUAAUUUGGACAUCAGCUAGGAGAAGAGCAUAUCAUACUGCAUGGCCAUUCGUUCACUCAGGGUACAAAGUGGUCCAAAAAGCUAUAAUGAGCGAAAUCAAUCCUGGUGUUUGGGACGGGUUGUCUACAGGUGAAGCUAUGGAUUUAUAUCCUGAUGAAUGGGACAGAUUUUUGAGUGAUCCCUAUGCGCAUAGAGCUCCAAGAGCGGAAUCGUAUCAUGAUUUGAGUGUUCGACUUGAACCUGCCAUUUUCGAACUUGAAAGAUGUCAAGAUGAUUUGCUUAUCAUUGGUCAUGCGUCCGUUAUAAGGUGUUUGCUUGCAUAUCUCGUCGGACUACCGCCAAAUGAGGUCCCAGCGGUGGAGAUCGCAAGAGGCGAUUUGGUUGAAGUCACUCCUGCUAGUUACGGAGUCAUUUCGAGGGCUUUCCAUUUCUGGUCUGGAGAAGGUAGGGGCGACGAAUCAGGUUUGAAUCUUUACGAAAAUUUCGCAGAAUCAACAUCGGGUAAAGGAAGUGUAUUACCUGAUUCAGGUGUAAACUUCACCGCAGACGCUCUAAAUAUGGAGAAGGAAGCUAAAGAAGAAGAAGAAAUUGACAAAGAACAAAAAGCGGAAUAUAUCGCGAAAUCGCUCAAAGGUAAAAUAUUGAAUAGAUUAGUCUCAUCAGGUGAUGGAACUAGAUCUGCACCUCAUUCACAUCUACCCGGAUUAGAAGAAGAUAAAGACAAAGAAAUGGAAUCUCAAUUAGAAGAAAGAACCACUGGAUCAGAUGCCGAUGUUGAUUAUAAUUCUGACGAAGUUCUGAGUGAAAGUGGUGCUGAAGGUAAACAAUCUGGUAGUCUCAGAGGUAGAGCGAUGAGUAUAUUGGAGAUUUGA